AUGGUGUUCGCACCAGAGUUUCUACCAUCCAUGGCUGAACAUUGCGUUAUCAGUGCCCUAGCGGAGCUCUUCCGCCCACGAAUUAAAACGUCAUACAUCCCCUUCGAGUGCGGUUGGGUGGCAUUGUUGAGUGUGUUUGAGAUUGGUGCUGCUAUCAGCGUUGUAGCGAAUGGACCUCUGAUGCUUUGUCGCGGAAAAAGUGAUUGGGAGAUCUGCGUAUCGGUUUCGCUUUUACUUCCGGUGACGUGGUUGAAGAGCCUCGUUUCUUUCAGCUACUUUCUGGCAUUGUUCUUCACGAGUAUGGCGCAUGUCCGUGAUGACCCCGAAUUAUGGAGCAAAACGAUGUAUACGGUUGGCUGGUUCAACUCUCCAAGAGCUUCAUCGAAGCAACAACCCCAAAAGCGUGCAAAUGAUAUUUGGGAGGAAAAGCCGCACGAGGAAGAAAACCCUUAUUCCCGAUACCUGGAUGAUAUCGAAUCUACUAGCAGCCGCAAGUUAAAGGCUCAGUCGAUCGACACCGAUAUCCCAGCGCCCUGGGCACGCGUAACCAAUGUCAGACGGGGCGUCGACGCUCCGUUUGCCAAGCGAGAUGGAGGGCUGUCCACCCAAACGUCUCCACAAUCGAUGGGCGAAAAGUCUUUGCCCUUGACGCCUAUAUACGCGAAGAUGCAAGCAUCCAAAACGGGGACGGUUGGCUCUCGCUUCAUUGAAAAGUUCCGGGAAUCAAGAGUCCUAUCGCGCUCUGAAACUCCUUCUCAAUAUGGAUCGCACUUUAUGACGACGGAUUAUCCCCCUGUUAUUGACCAUGACUUGCCCAUCCCACUGCCCCGUUUGUCAGAGUGGGUUCGGGCCGAUGCGCUUAGAGGAAUCAACGUUCACACUGUGCCACAUACUCAUCGGUAG